AUGACACUAUCAACGCAACACGGUUCCCGACGAACUGUCCCCUAUGUGAACUAUGAGUGGGCAACAGAAAACACCUACAAUUUUAUUUACACCUACGACGUCAUUGUCUGCAUGCUAGUGAGCAGCGCAAAAUUCCACUGGAAAAUGACGCACAACCGACAAGACUUCAGCAGAGUCGUCUAUCUCAAUACAACCGUAUACGAUGAAGUAUCUCUCUUCGAGAUUACGGUGAACACCACGUCCGGUUACUUCGAACUCCCCAAUUACAUAAAAGAUAACACUCCAGGCCCCCUCCUCGGGAGUAUGAUCGGUUACGAAUGA